AUGUUGGAUUCUCUCGUCUACCGUAUACCAUUUACAUCUGCUGUCACUUUCUAUGCGUCAACUAUGAAACCAGAUAGUUUUAUAAGGUAUUUGGUGGCGGCUGUUUAUGGAUUUGAGUAUAUUUCUCAGUUGUAUACGGUCAUGUUUUGUUUGAUAAGGGUGCUGGUGUUGUUUCAUCCGAAGAGACAUUUGAAGAUGUCAUCGUCAAACCUGACACCGGGCCAAAAAUUUAUUAGAAUGGUGAUGAAGAUAAAUAGCGACCCCAAUUCGUACAUUUACGAGAUUCCGUCAGAGGAAACGCUGAACGAUGACGUGUCCACGGAGCCUAAUGUCCAAAAGAAUCCAUUUCUGGAAACUUUGCAUAGAAGAUUGGAUCAGAUGAUGGAAGCGGAAGGAGAAGUCGAGGAGAAGAACGACUCUUCGGAUUCGGAUGACGGCGACAGUAGUGACGAUGAGUUCUUGCAGGAGAUUAACGGUGACCAGGAGCAAGACCUACAACCAUCAACAGAGGAGAACACUGUCGGAGAGCCGCGUGAUUUGGCUGAAAGUGUGUGCAGCAUUUUGAGAAGACGGAUGGAGGUGUCAUGGGAUAAGGAGAAAAUUACGCCCCAAAUAGCCGGAGUGUACCCAGGAGCAUCUCAAGUUAACCAGCCACCGGCAGAAGCGGCGGAAAUCAGAGAAUUGAAGUUGGCACUGGAAAAAGAGAGAAAAGAACAUAAGGAAACCCUUUCCGCUCCCAAAACUCACGCAUUCGGCGAUCCAGCGAAUCCACCGUAA